AUGUCCAACAGUGAACGGGGGAAGUAUUACCGACGUAGACGUAAACUAUACAGUGCACACCUUGAAGACCGUGUCGCGGCCGUUCACGAAGAAAUCGCAGCGUUAACGGUCUCUCGUCAGGUGCAGCAGGAGUUGGCCUUGUCCCAACGAUUUACUCCUCUUGGUGCAGCUGCUAACAUUGUGAACGAGUAUUGCUCACUCUUUAACCACGGUGCACCUGUUCGCUUGACCGUGGACGACCAGGACGUGUCGGCAUCACUUGUUGCGCAUGUCAGUAAUACCCAACGAGGGUUUUUACAGGCCGUGAUGAAUGCUGACUUGCGGUUUGGUGAAUUUUAUGGUGUCGGUCUUUUGUUUCACCAGUGGGAACGCUAUUCACUGUACCACGCGGCCAUCAAGUGGACAAUGAAGACACUGAAAGUGAUCAAGCUGACGGAGCCUGGAGACCUGACUCCAUGCAGUGGCAGCUCGCUGGUGGUCACCAUCACGGCGGACCUUACGUAA